CUUCCUCUUCGAUCAAUCACCCAACCUUCCGCUCAGAUCAACUACAUACAAACAUCUACAAUGGCCGUUGACUCCAUCGACGUUCAGCUCCCCUCCGGCAAGUCCUACAAGCAGCCCAUCGGUCUCUUCGUCAACAACGAAUACAUUCUCCCCAAGGCCGGCAAGAAGUUCGAGACCAUCAACCCCUCCACCGGAAAGCCUAUCUGCGAAGUCUACGAAGCCAAGGAGGAAGAUGUCGACGUCGCCGUCGAAGCCGCCGUCAAGGCCUUCAAGUUCGGUUCCGAGUACCGCAGCCUCACCUCUCAGGCCCGCGGAAAGCUCCUCACCAAGCUCGCUGACUUGAUGGAGCGUGACGUUGAGGUUCUGGCUACAAUUGAGUCCCUCGACAAUGGAAAGUCAAUCUCGAUGGCGAGGAUGGAUGUUCAGUUGUCGGCGAACUGCAUUAGGUACUAUGGUGGCUGGUGCGACAAGAUCCACGGAAAGACGAUGGAGGUUGAGAAUUCGAGGUUUAUGUACACCCGUCACGAGCCCGUCGGUGUCUGUGGACAGAUCAUCCCCUGGAACUUCCCUCUCUUGAUGUGGUCGUGGAAGAUCGGACCUGCUAUCGCCUGUGGUAACGUCGUUGUCCUGAAGACUGCCGAGCAGACUCCCCUCUCCGCCCUCAAGGCUUGCGAGUUGGUCAAGGAGGCUGGGUUCCCCGCUGGUGUCAUCAACGUUCUUUCCGGCUUUGGUAAGAUCGCCGGAGACGCCCUCGCCCGCCAUGACAAGGUCGACAAGGUCGCCUUCACCGGCUCCACCGUCGUCGGUCGUGCAAUCAUGAAGGCCUCCGCCGAAUCCAACCUCAAGAAGGUCACCCUCGAACUCGGCGGCAAGUCUCCCAACAUCAUCUUUAACGACGCCGACAUCGAUCAAGCCGUCAAGUGGUCCAACUUUGGUAUCUACUACAACCACGGCCAAUGCUGCUGUGCCGGAUCCCGAAUCUACGUCCAAGAGGGUAUCUACGACAAGUUCGUCCAGAAGUUCAUCGAGACUGCGAAGGCUACUGUUGUCGGUGACCCAUUCAAGGAGGACACCUUCCAGGGUCCUCAGGUUUCUCAGUUGCAGUUCGACCGUAUCAUGGGCUACAUCCGCGCCGGACGCGACGAGGGUGCGAAGAUCGAGAUCGGAGGUGAGAGGCACGGUGAGGAGGGCUACUUCAUCCAACCCACCGUCAUCACCAACGUCAACCAGAAGAUGAAGAUCAUGCAAGAAGAGAUCUUCGGUCCCGUUGUUGCUAUCGCCAAGUUCACCGAUAUCGAGGACGUCAUCGAGAAGGCACACGACACAACUUACGGUUUGGCUGCGGCUGUCUUUACGACCAACUUGAAGACUGCGAUUCAGGUCUCGAACAGGCUUGAGGCUGGUACCGUUUGGGUUAACUCGUAUAACACCAUUCACCACCAGUUGCCGUUUGGUGGCUUCAAGCAAUCUGGUAUUGGACGCGAGUUGGGCAAGUACGCCUUGCACGAGUACACUCACGUCAAGGGUGUUCACUUGAACUUGGAGAUGCCGGCACCUAUCUAUUAAGGAAGGAGUCCUGUCGUCGAAGAGUGGUGAGGAUUGUAUGAUUAGGACGGGUUUGUGUUUUGUUUGACUAGGGAGAUAUGUGUUGGCUUUGAGAGUCUGUCACUCCGGUAGUACCGUGUUCUUGGUUCGCAGUCGUUUUCGAUGAUACCACAAUAUAUCACAUUCAUAUGG